AGCCACCUCCUGGUGCCUGGGCUGGAAACUGCGGGGAAGCAGAGGGGGGAUCACGGGCAGGGAUGAAAUUGAUAGGAUUUUUGUGGAAGGAGUGAAGGAAGCUGCAAGUACGCCUGAGCUAUGGCGUCACUGUGCUACAACAAGGGCUGCGGGCAGAGGUUUGAUCCUGAGCAGAACACCAAGGAUUCCUGCCUGUAUCACCCAGGCAUCCCCAUCUUCCAUGAUGCCCUGAAGGGCUGGUCUUGUUGCAAGAAACGCACAACAGACUUCUCUGAGUUCCUCUCCAUAAGGGGAUGCACAAAGGGGUUUCACAGCAAGGAGAAGCCCCCUGAGCCUUUCAGCCAAGAGGAGACCUCAGACAAGCUGAAGGCCAAACCAGUGGAGGAGCUCAUCAUCCAAGGACCAAAAUCAGCUGAGAAGAUGCAGCGGGAAAGACCAAGCUCUGAUGAGCCAAGACAACUGCUGCCAAUUAAAGUAUCCAGGUCUCUGGAGCAGGCACUGGAGAAACUGAACCUGUCCUCCAAGGAUGAGGCACCUGAAGGCAGUUGUGCAGGGGAGGCAGCUGCCCAGGUGAGAGCUGGCACCACCUGCAAGAACGCAGCCUGCAAGGCAAUCUACCAGGGCCCAGAGAGCAACACAGAGGUUUGUACUUUCCACCCUGGCGUUCCUGUCUUCCAUGAGGGGAUGAAGUACUGGAGCUGCUGCAGAGUCAAAACGACAGACUUCAGCACCUUCCUGGAGCAGCCAGGCUGCAGCAGCGGGCGGCACUGCUGGACGGGGAAGGGGGACAAGAAGGCGGUGUCGUGCCGGCACGACUGGCACCAAACCAGCAGCCAGGUGGUGGUGACGGUCUACGCCAAGAACCCCCUGCCCACCCUCAGCAGCGUGAAAGCCAACCGCACUGUGCUUGAGGUUCAUGUCAUCUUUGAAGGGAAUAAGAUUUUCCAGGCAGAACUGGAUCUUUGGGGGGUCAUUGAAAUAGAGAAGAGCUUUGUGAGCAUGGUCCCUACCAAGGUGGAGAUCACGCUUUGCAAAGUCAGCCCUGGCUCCUGGGCCAGGCUGGAGCUCCCCCAAAGCACGUCACACUCCUGUGGUGAGCAAAAGAAGGAGGCUACCAAUGCAGAGGAGCCAGGGGCAGCGCAGGGGGAGGACUCGGAUGACAGCUUGAGCUGGUCGGAGGAGGAAGACGAGGAGCUGGGAACACCAAGCAACUGACAGUCAAGUGCUUCAGCAGCUGAGCAGUGCCAGCUCCUGAGCUGCCGGGGACCUUGGCACCAGCUCCAGAGGAGCAGACCCAGCCCAGCCCCGUGUGCAGGCUGCAGCACACCCUCUCCCCCGGACUGAAGGGGCGAGUAAUAAAAACCCAGAGCAAAGG